AUGGCUGGACCCGCUCGAAAGAAGCGGAAACUCUCUUCGAAAUCGAAGAUGGAGAAAGCCGCCGUGCCUUCUGCGAGCACUUCUGUUGAACCGAAACAUACACUUUACAUUAAUAAUUUACCUGACCAUAUUCCUGUUACAAGAUUAAGAGCCAAUCUAUACUUUUUGUUUUCCAUCUACGGUGAAGUUAUCAAGGUCUCUGUCAACCCCCGAAAACGGCGGGGCCAGGCGUUCAUUACGUUGAAAUCCGUCGACGAGGCCAAUUUGGCCAUGAUAUCGCUUGACAAGGAACCCUUCUUCGGUAAGUUGUUGAACGUUAGUUUUAGCAUGAAAGAGACAACUAACGUCUGA